AUGCUGCUGAAUCUUGGUCUCACAGCGGAUGCCGCAGCUGCUCACACUCCCGAUCCUAGCGCCCAGCCAGGAACGCCACCCGCACCAGCUUCACCAUCCUACUCCCCAGCCUUCUCCUUGGCCACCCUGCCGUUUUUGGGCGCUUUAUAUAACAGAACAAAUCCAACUGAUGGUCCUGCACAACCUGUGGGAUCUAUAUCCGGCGUGGCCAUGAGCCCUGUUGCAUCCAAGCCGAGCGAGGGGGAAUCGUCCAAGGCCACCACGUCGGCCCUCAGCAGACCUCGUGUCAGCCGCUCAAACACGAACACGACGCGCAAGUCCACUCGGUCUAAAACCUCGUAUCAGCUCGCCCAUCCUGCCUCACAUGCUCGUCACAAGCGACUGAAGCUUCGUCCAAAGCUUCUACUACAGCUGCAACAGGUAUCGCACACACCUCGACCCUUGCCUAUCUUGGAUGUUCUACCGUCGACAUUAUAUCUGCCACGGUUGGCUCGGAAAUUUCCAGCAAUGUUUCGUGGCAAGAACGGUCUCGGCCCAAAUGACUUGAUAAUCGUGAUGAGUGAACUAUAUGAGCGCACGGUCGCCAGUAUUCCGGAACGACCACCGAGCUCCGAAGAUGAUGACGAAGAUCACCGCGAAGUGGUAGCUACAAUCUGUCAGAUGCUCCAGGAGGAUGCACUCCAAAAGGGAAAGGCAGAGAUCUGCUUGAAUUUUGGACCGACAUGGGAGGCUACACCCCUUCCGAGCGGUUCUUAUGAAUUUGUCGCGCAAACGGAAAAUGGAAUUCGAGUGAUGCGCUGGGCUUUGCGAGCAGGCAGGAAUCGCCGGAUGUCUGCACAGCCCAGUUCUGAGCCGCGCGAAGAUACCAAGCGAUUCACGUUCAGUGUCAUCGACCCCAACACUCGUCGGCACCCGGUCAUCGCUUCUUUGACACGCAACCAGUUAGAAGUUUUCGAUGAAUACUCCGCUGUAACUCGAUCGAACACCGGCCCCACCACUCCGAGCUCGGGCAUGUCUAUUAUUAGUGAUCUAUCUGAUAAUGAUGCGCUGGACUUGAAUCCGGAUGCAAAUCUCGUCACGGUCGAGGAUGGACUUCGCACUUUAAUCAUCAUCACUGGGAUCUGGGUCGCCUUCCGCGAGGGUUGGUCGUCCAAUUUCAAUUACGGCGAUCCACUUUCAUCUCUCACCGGGAAAAAUGUCGCCUCUCCAGCAUCCUCUAAGUUUUGCACAUCAACGAACGCCAAGAGUGAAAACAACAGCCCCAUACGCCGUGAUGAAUUGAAUGAUUUAAAGGAUGUAGCCAAUGGCAACAAGCGCUGCGCAUCCGCCGCGAGUAUCCACCGUUCGAAAUCACCUGUUGAUAGUCUUAUGUUCGGAAGUCUCUCCAGACGCUCAAAUUCAACCGGUGCUGCAUUCAUGGAUCGAGCAAAGCGACGGAGCGCCUCGGCCGGCAAUCGUCUGAAUCGCCACAGUGCGUUCACAGGCACUGGCGAGUAUGGACGCGAGAUUGUUGUAUCUCGACCACCGUCCAUCCGACUUAAUUCGGCCGAGGCCGAGGAUUCCUCGCGUGCUGCCCCGCUCAAGAACACAUCCAAAGCGAAAAAAGCCAACGAGAAUCCUAAGCCCACGAACAAUGGACAAAUGGUCUCCUCAUACCCAGAUCACCACAAGGUCUGGGAUGCAGACGACAUCAAAGAGCCCGAACUAGCUCCUCCUGGUAACAGCAAAAGCAAACGCCGACACCGAUUCAGUUCUCUUUUCACGAUUUUCCACCGAAAGGAAAGGGCCCAUUGA